UCGGGCCCUAAUGUGACAGGCUUCAGUCUGGAUGGAAACAGUAUGACACUGGACAUUGUUUCUUCUGAAGGUUUAGUACUAGGAUACACGGUGGCGUACUACCCAGUGGGAUCACCUUACUCUCUACGCGAGCGUUUUUUCGGCCCAAACGCGACUUCGUUCAAGCUGCCCGCACUCGAUCCUAAGACAGACUAUACAGUACUAUUGACGGUGGCCUUUCUUGGGGGGUUAACGGCUACCACUAAUCUCACCCUUAACUCUGGAAUCGAAGGAGCCAUGGAAGCGGUGCCAGGUUCUGUAAAAUCUGUAAGUCGUCAAUCCGUUGAUAGUAUCCCCAUCAGUUGGGCUCCGGUUCCCUCGACUCCCCAGGGACCGAUCCUCGGAUAUAAUGUGCGAUAUCAACUGAUAUCCCUCGGUGAAGAACCGGUCAAGGACCAGCCGAUUCACGAGAUCAACGUCACUGGCACCUUUCUGAACCUCACAAACCUCGAGGCAUUUGGGAGUUAUCGAAUAAGUGUGGCUGCUAUGAACAAGAAAGGGAUUGGUCCAGAGAUAUACUUCAAUGCUGAGACCUGCCGCUGCAGAAAACGUCUGACCACUAACUGGCGCGCGUACGUCCCAUACACCGACAAAUCCGGGCUGAACGGCGAACCCGAAGGUAUCAUUGCCUCCGUCAUCCGCGAGAUGUCUGUCUCUUGCUGUGAAACCUGCAACACGCACGGUCCGUCCUAUGUCGACUUCAACUCCUCUUGGGACUACACGGGUCCUGCCGAGGUCGACAACGAGACAGCCCUCAUAGAUCGAAUCAGCGAGCACGUUGAUCUCACCUUCCCGGUCUACGGGACACGUGACAAGACUGUCUACAAGCCUGGCUUUGGUUUUCGCGCACUUGUGGAGUCACCGGGGAUUGCGUAUGUCGUUCGUGUUGACCAUAAUAUUCCUCCGUACAAGUUAAUCGUGGAUUCCCUGAUUAACACAUUGCCGUUCCUGGCCAUGACCCUGCUGAUGGCAUACAUCGCUGGAUUUGUUAUUUGGAUAAUGGACCGUCGCCAAAACAUGGACGAGUUUCCGCUGUCUUUUAUCAAGGGCACAUAUGAGGGGUGCUGGUGGGCGUUCAUCACCAUGACGACGCUUGGAUACGGUGACCGCGUUCCCAGGUCUCGCCUCGCCAAGGCGUGCACUAUCGUUUGGAUGUUAAUGGGUAUUGUUGUGUUCGGUAUCCUUUCCGGUUGUCUGCAAUCAGCAGUCGCAUCGAUCACUAUGAAGAUCAACUCACAACUAUAUGGUAUAAAGGUGCUGGCCAUUCAUAACUCACCUGAAUACCGACUCGGGAUUCGACUGAAUUCACAAGUUAAUACAGACGUCCAACCAAAGAACUUCGAAGAAUUAUUCAACGCACUCAUGGCUCAGAAAGACAACGGCGCGCUAAUUGACGCAUAUGCUAUUGGCAGCCAAAAGAAAUUGUUCCAAAACCCAGAGUUGACAAUUGUUAGGAUUCUGGACUUGAAGAUAGCCUAUGGCAUUGUUUUGGGCGGGACGUCUGUAAGAAUGAAAAAGUGCUUUUACGAAUACAUCCACAAGCACAACGAGCGGAUCUUUGCACGCAUUCGGAAAUAUGUGAAAAUUGUGGAAGAGGCGGGUAACCUCCCUGACUCUGUGGAGUACUCGACGGGGAUGUUCGAUGCCGGGACGGAAAUGUUCCGCUGGACGCUGUACACGCUCCUGGGUGUUCUCUUCGUCCUGCUUCUUAUCGGGAUCACUUGGGAACGAGUUUGGCACAUUCCCCGACGAAAAGCCAUUAAGGAGUCCGUUGAAGCCCAAGAAUGCACGCGCGCAGCUUCCGAAGCCUUGAAGAAGGAAAUAGAGUUGCUGCUUGAGCGAAUGAGGGCAGUGAGAACGCGACUUUGCAAGAAGCAUGCUAACCAGACGGUGGCUUUUCUGAAGAAGCAUAAAAACAAGUUGUUAUCUUUGAGAAUGCCGGAGAGGCAAGCACGUAUUGAAAACAAGUUUUCAGCAUUAGAUAAGGCCCACAUGAAACCGAAAAUCGGAGACUUUGUGUUCUAAGCACGGCCAAGUUAACACAUUGAGCACAUAAUGUAAAUUAUGGGUCUUGUAUGACUAUUCACAAUGCACUGCGUUUUUAUCUUUGUACUAGGAUGUAUCGUUCAGAUUCUUUGACAUUACUCGGAGUCUUAGUAAAACAAGAUCUUGCGAGCAAGAUUAAGGCGGGCUGUUGUCCGAACAUAGACUAGUGAAGACAGCAAAUGUCUGACUUAUUACUCUAAUCACCAACUGUCGUGACGUGUAAUUAAAAACAAGACGAUUGGAAGGCGUUUAGCGGGGUGAAGUCUGUAAAAGAUGGAGUGUUUAGAACCUUAUAAAUAAUUUCCAAGAUAAACAAAUGCAUCUAGGGUUUGUGAAUUCCAGUAACAACAGAAAAGCAAAUGGAACAAAAAGAAAUAGCACAGCAGCAUCUUACAAUACAAAAAAUGUUUUCUAACCUCUAGAUUUGAGCCCUUGUUAUCAUUUGAUUGAUGAUUGGAAACUCCAUGUCCAUGCAUUGAUUGGUUAAUAUAAUUAGUAUAAUUGGCAGAUGCUUCAAUUUGGAUUACACCCUUUAGCUAAAAAUGUAGUUUGAAUUAUUAUAGAGAGCUCUGACAUAGUUUAUAAAAUCAUUUAAUGAUGAUAUCUCUAACAAUACACAAGAUCCUAGAGAACUGGCCAUACGGAACAAAUCUCUGGAAUGAGAAUCAAAUGUUUUAAAUCUUCCAUCGGCAGUGCAAUAAAUAGCCACAGUAUUUGAACCAACAGUCAAAAUGAAAGACCUGUAUUUUUCUCUAAUAAUUUUUGUAAAACAUUAUGCACUAGUCAAUUGAAACCCCUACCCCAUGGUCCUGGGGAAGGGUGGGGGGUUAGACUUUGACCCUGUACAAAACCGAGAAAAGCCCCCACCCCCUCGGGACAAAACAGCAGUUAAAUGCCCCUACUCCUUGGAUGCAAACUAUAGGCAACUACCCGACAACAAGUCAUCUGAAAUAAGCUUUUUUUAUCUUUCAAAGCCAGCACACUUCAGCGAGUACAUUUGUACCAAUUACUAUGAAGAUAACAGUUACA